CUCAGUUUGGUGAAGAACUCCUCUUCAAGAACAAAGCGUGUUAUCUUUCGAGAGAAUAAAAAAAACAAAAGUUGUUACGAAAUGAUGGCAGAGGAAGUCAUGUACCGGCAGUACUUUUACGACUACAACCCCGCGAUGGAUCUGUUCGCCGGUCCGGAGUUAAUUCCGUCAACGCUAAACUACCCGGUGAUGGCCCCAGCUCAGUACACCAACACCAGCAGCGACGCCGAGUGGAUGACGGCCAGCCCGGGAAGCUGCUACAGCAGCGGUUCCACCAGUCCAGCCUACUACGAUGCAGCGACUGUUACGAUCCAACCGUCCGUUACCCCACUUCCGGAAGUUCCAGCACACCAGAUCGCCGCAAAGGCACCUUCCAGCCGUCCCCUGUCCAACUCGGCCCGCAUUCUGAGCCAGAUCGAGCGCCAGUACGAGGACAGUUGCUGCAGCAGCGCGUCCGACAGUGACAUCCUGGCCAACAGUGAGAUUCCGACCAAGAUCAAGAUCAAACGGGGCACGACGGUUCCGACGGUGAUCAAGCGGAAACGUCGGCUGGCGGCGAAUGCACGCGAGCGGAAGCGGAUGCUGGGGCUGAACGAUGCUUUUGACAGGUUGAGGCAGCACUUGCCGGGACCGGGCAACGAUCGGCAGCUGUCGAAGCACGAGACGCUGCAGAUGGCGCAGUCGUACAUUACGGCGCUGUACAAGUUGUUGGUGUGAGAUGAGGAGGAAACGGAUGGAGGUUCCUAGUGACUGUUGUAGAUAUAGUUAGGCAAUUCUCUGGUAGGUUCCGCUGGCCAUUAGUGAAAUCAAGUCAUUAAGUUUAAAGAAAUUAUUGUUACUAUAAAAGUUAAAGAUCCAGUAUUAUUUUAAUCUCAUAAGCAUAACUAGAAGAUGUAUUUAAUUUUUUUAGUUUUUAAGAAAAAUAAUUAAACGCAAU